AUGCUUCAGUUAUAUGCCCAUAAACUAAGCUCAGAAGAGCUCCGCACCCGCGUACUGAGUCAGUUGGAAAAAGUCGUCUCUUGGAUAACACGACAUCUUGAACGAACGUGCGACCGAAGAAUUGUUGCUUAUUCAGCUGCUCCACUUAUAUUACUAUUUUCUACACCAACCUUAUGA